AACGCGUCUACGAGGAAGUGUUCGUCAAAUCACUCCUGUCGGCAAAAAAACGAACGACUUCCGCGAUUGCCAGUAAACGCAAGGCGGUAUUAACCUCGCUUGCGCGGUGCAAGAGCAACUACAGUGCCUUGUCUUUAUUUUCAACAAGCACUAUAUCAACGCGUGGGGAUGGAAGGGGAACAAGCGGAUUUCUCUCCUCGAGAAAUAAAACUGUCGACUUCAAACACAUCUCCGCUAGUGCUGGAAGUUUGUUCACAACCAGCUACAAUCUAUCACGAGAAAAAAGUGUUACAGUUACACACUUGUUGGAGUUUCAGCGUCACAAAUUUUCUCUGUGUGGCAGGGAAAACUUGUAACGCGAAGAUCAUAAGGAAAAACAGGAAGGAAACGAGGCUCCCAAGCAUUUCCUGCAUGAGAAAGCUUAUCUGUGUUGCCGGUCUUGCGACACAAUGUGUAACUGUAACAGUUUUUCCUUCGCAUACAAUCGAUUUUUGGAUUACUUCGAGGAUAUCGGAAAGGAAUGGAGCAAGCUGAAAGACGGGAACAGCCGUUUGUCCGGGUGGCAUCUGACGAAAGACGAGAUGGAGCUGCAACUGAAAAGCGCAAAAAGGAGGAGACUCGCGACGGACAGAGAUAAAUUCCAGGACCACAAUAUCCUAUGUAAAAACGUCCCCACACCAUAGUCAAGAUGGGGAAUCGGCUAGACAAAUCCACAAGCUUUGGAUGUUUUGCAUGACAAAUUUGGCCUCGUAGUGUAGUGCUGUUUGAGGUAGUACAGCAGCAUCACAGAUCUAGUAUAUCGCGCUGAUUGGAGCAUGGCAAAUUCCAAAACACGACUAGAGAAUGCUUCUCAUGGGGCUCCGCAUGAGAAACAUUUUCAGCAUGCAGAUUUGCAUUACAGCUAUGGGGUGGGGACGUUUUUAAAUACGAUACACAAGAGUCACGACUUCAACCGUUUGACUGCUGAUCAACAAGCACGGGACAGUAUGCAAGAAAAAAAGUGUCGUGUAAGUGUAAGUCUGUGAUGCAGAAAAUGCAAAACAGUUCAUACAGUUGUCAUGCUGGCCCUUGCCAGCCACGGCGUCCUCUUUUCUUUUUCAUACGUAUGUUCUCCUACUACCAGUGCAAGUGCAUGACAGCAUUUCUCUGUAAUGCAGAGCAAAUUUGUCAUGCUGUCACCCCAGCACACCUACACUACAGAGAAAUCCUGUCAUGCACUGCUACGGAUACAGUUUUUUUUCUUGAAAAACGCGAGCGAACUAGGCGCCUUCCCCC